UAUGGCGAUUUUUCUGAAUUAGUAUAAUGAGCGUAAUAAAGAUAAGCUUGGUUCUCCUCCUCAGUGGGAGAACGAUAGUACUCCCAAGCAGGAGACCUCUAUUUUAUAUAAUUCUGGGAAGUCGAAAUUAAUUCUACUAAAGCGGAAGCUAAAAAGGAAAAGUCUAGUUCAGAUAGAGAAGACAUUUUGAGAGUGUAAUCUGAAUGGAAUCGUAAU